AAUGCCGGGUUUUAAAGUUCUCCGGUGACAAGUUGCUUUCACACACACAGGCUACACCUUGUUUCACGCAUGUAGGAUCAUUUAGGGAUUUGGUGUCAAUAGCGUAAUCGGAUCACCGUAAAACCGAUUGGACUUAAUUUGCCUGCAAGGGGCAUGGGAUUCCAUUCAACAAACGGUAACCAGGUGAAGACAAAAUGAGUUCUACUACCACAACAACUAGGACCUCAUAGCCUCGCAGUCAUCUAACGGAUUAAGACCAGAGAAAGAUGACUAUCGGUUAGCUGUUGAAGGUGAGGUGAGCCACAAGAUAAAGAAUAUUUGACUUCAAUUAUUUAUUUUGUAUUUACUAAUAAGAUGCCUACGACAAGGGUCAUCAAACAAAAGCCUGUUGAAACAAAAACAACUGUUGUCGAGGUGAAGGCCAAACCAGUUGAAAAGAAACCAGCGACGAUAUCUCAACUCAAAGUCACUCCUCGCAAAACGCGGGCGUCGAGUUGUCCGAGAUGUAUCCAUAGGAACCAUUGCGAGGUUACGAAGACUCAGCAGGGUACGGUUUGUUCUACCGGGUGCGAAAGGAGAGCGAGGUCAACCUCCACGGCUCCCAAAACAACGCUCUCUUCGAAAUCUGCUGUGCUCUGCCAAAAUCCAUCUUCCCCCAAGUCAAGGGCAACUUCAAAGUGUGACAAACCGGCGCAGCUGGGGCAGAAGGAGGAAAGGAUAUCAAGACAGAGGGCGCCCUAUGCUAUUCAGAGUCACAGAGCUUUCACAGUCAUCCCCCCAAACCCCAAGAAAAGAACCGAGAUCCAGCAAAAGGCGGAGGCGGAGCUGGCUGCCCUAGAGGAUCUGAGGCUGAGCAGAGCCAUGCCCUAUGUCUCCAUUGACCCCAGCAGUGUCGGUGGCUGCCUGAGUCUGGAGGAGGUGCGGCUGAAGCAGCAGCAGGAGAUGCAGGCCAGAAGGAGGCAGAGACAGAUGAAGAAGUACAUGUUAGAAAAGCCACCGGUGGUGCUGGGAUGAGGUCUGACACUGAGAGCUCAAGUGGUCAUUAAAGUGCAGACUUUGUUGUUCGUGUGUGAGAUGGUUGUUGUCUGCUUGUAAGGUCUCUUAAUGCUGAACUGUGUUAAUUUAGAUUUUAUAUGACCCAUUUUUCAUUUUCAUUGAUGCUUUUAUUUUGUUUGAAAUACAGAGUUAAUAGAUGGAACAUGUAUAAUUCAGUUUAGAUGGUUAAUUGUGUACAGUACCAGCCAAAUGUUUGGACACAGUUACCUAUUCAUUUGAAUGGGUUUGUGUCCAAACUUUUGACUGGUACUGUAAAACAGAACUAUACAGUUCACUAUUACUGUGUAAUAUAUGGUGUAACCCAAUAUUUCCCUGACAGUAUUAUAGGUUUGUAUGUACUAAGUACUUAAUUAAAAACCUAAAACCUAAAUUGCUUUUGAAGUUCGGGA